GCCAGCUUGGGAUGCCAUGGCCCCCACCAAGGUGGACGCGGAGAAGCUGGGGGCUCCUGCCCCGGAAAAGUCCUGGAGGUUCCUGGUUUUCUACCUCUGCUUCUACGGCUUCAUGGUCCAGAUGCGGCCUGGAGAGAGCUUUGUCACACCCUACCUGCUGGGCCCGGACCGGAACUUCACCCAAGAGCAGGUCACCAACGAGAUCACGCCCGUCCUGACCUACUCAUACAUGGCGGUCCUGGUGCCCAUCUUCCUGCUCACGGACUACCUGCGCUAUAAGCCGGUGCUGAUCCUGCAGAGCCUGAGUUACCUGUCUGCGUGGAUGCUGCUGGUCUUCGGCACCAACAUCCUCUCCAUGCAGUUCAUGGAGUUCUUCUUUGGCAUCACCAUGGCGGCCCGGGUGGCCUAUUCGUCCUACAUCUUCUCCCUCGUCAGCCCCGCCCGCUACCAGCGGAUGGCAGGCUACUCGCGCUCCUCCGUGCUCCUAGGUGUCUUCAUCAGCUCCGUGCUGGGGCAGGUCUGUGUCACGGUGGCCAAGGUCCCCUUCGUCACCCUCCACUACAUCUCCCUGGGCUUCAUGGUCUUCGGGCUGGUCCUGACGCUCUUCCUCAAGCGGCCCCGGCGAAGUCUCUUCUUUAACCGCCCUCACGAGUCUGUGUGCAGUGGAGCCUCACCCUCAGAACUGGACCAGAUGAACCCGGGUGAGGCGAAGCGCCCGGGUGGCGAGCCCUGGUGGCGCUUCCUGGCCGUCUGCAGGGACUCAACGCUGGUGCAGAUGCUGCUGGAGCUGGGGGACAUCGUCCGCGUGCCGCAGCUGCGCCUCUGGUCCCUCUGGUGGGUGCUCAAUUUCGCCGGAUACUACCUGAUCGUAUAUUACAUCCAUAUUUUGUGGAAUGAGGUGAACCCCACCCCGGACAGCUCCAAGGUCUACAACGGGGGCGUGGACGCUGCUUCGACUUUGCUGGGGGCUCUCACCUCCUUCUCGGCAGGCUUUGUGAAGAUCCGCUGGGCAGUGUGGUCAGAGCUGGUGAUCGGGAGUGUCACUGUCCUGCAGGCUGGGCUCAUCCUGCUCAUGUACACCACCAGUAACAUCUGGGUGUGCUAUGUGUCUCUGGUGCUGUUCAGAGGCUUUCAUCAGUUCCUGGUGCCCAUAGCCACUUUCCAGAUCGCCUCGUCCCUGACCAAGGAGCUGUGUGCCCUGGUAUUUGGGGUCAACACCUUCUUUGCCACCAUCCUGAAGACCAUUGUGAUCGCCAUUGUGGCGGAUAAGAGGGGCCUCGGGCUCCCCGUCCGCUCCCAGUUCCGAAUCUACUUUGGCUAUUUCACGGUGCUGGCCGUGGCCUACUUCUCGGGGGCCGUGUACACGGCGGUGAGGCACUGUCGGCAGAGCAGAUUCCAGAAUGUCCCCUUGGCGAAUGAGCUGAGGAGCCCCGUGGAGAUGUCCGAGAAGACACAGAACCCCAAGGAUGAUGGCAUCACUGGCGUCCGGGCCUGAUUGGAGAGGCCGGUGGACGGAAGGACAAUCAUACGUGCUCGGCGCUGGCUCCACACCGGGUAGGCACAAAGCCCCCCCACUUCACUGGCCCCUCCCACCCUACAUCUGUGGGAAGCGGGUCCAGGGGCUCUGGCGUCCAACACUGACUCUCGUCUCUGGCUGGGUCGUGGUUUGUGGUGUGAGCACCUUGGGAAACCAAGGCUGGGAGGAUGACUGUAUUAGGUUGGCCGUGUUACUGCUCAUAGGUCUUGUCUUGUUACAGUUCUGUCAAACCAUGGAUAACCCAUUUUUCUCAAUUUGAUUAAGAAGAAGUUCUUGCCCAGACCAUGAAAUGGUGCCAUCUGAAGCCUCAGCCACUUGACUAAGUUAGCCUGGAUGCCGUAUUGAGAAUCAGCUGCCCGAGGUGUUACCUAACCUUUGGUAGGGCGGCCGAGCCAAGCCUGAGACAAUCACAGCAGGCACCGCCCCCCACACGUUCACACACACUCACACUCAUCUGCACACACACACACACACACACACUCUCUUACACUCAUCUAUAUACACAC